AUGUUCCGUACUGCAGCAGACUGUGACAUGACUGGAUGGACAUCCUUUAUGGCCCUGUGUAAAAAGAAGCUGAUGGGUCGAGAAGGCGUCUGGGAUGGUUCCCAAGAUGACAGUCAAGCCUCACGUGUCGAUCUCAGCUCCACGCAAGUUCACGGGCGCAUUGCCUUUUCGUGGCGCGGCCGCCUGGCUAUCAGCCGGCUGACGAAGCUUGCUACCCUCAACCUGGCGGGCAGCCAAGCCGAGUUCCUUCCGGGCGGAAACGAGCUCCAGGACCUCUUCAUCGAGGAUUCGUCCAAGAAGCUCCUGCCAGCACUGAUGACCUUGGUGUCAAACUGCCCUCUCAAUGGUCCUGUGGAAGACCUCCUCGAGCUGCUGGCGGCUUCUGGGCAACUCACCCGCCUGAUCGCCAAGCGUGCCAACCUCUCUGGGCAUGUGCCAAACAUAGCUUGCAUGAAGGCAGCAAGAGUAGAUGGCUAUGCCUAUAGCCAGAAAUGCGGGCUUCCCUUGUCCAAGUCGCUGCAAUCUCUAGACCUCUCGGGCAACAAGAUUACUCGUGUGGACGCCCUGAAUGUCCAGACGUACGUGUCAUUGGCCAACAACCCACCGAUGACGUUCGCAACUGGUAUUUUACAGAGUGCCCUCAAGAAGAGCCUUCAGCUCGACCUAAGUGGCACGGCCAUCACAAACAUGCGGGAUAUCUCUCGUCUCUUUGAGACAGGUGCCUUGCGGAUGACAGUGCAGACGACCUCGACAAAUGCCACUGGCGGCUAUAGCUGCCACGACGUGACGUCGAGCUCACUGAGAGUGAGUUCCCACAUGUUUUGGCCAGAAGGCCUAUGUGGUUGCAUGGCAGGAUACGAGGGCAGCGGCAUCGACUGCAGGGAGUGCGGCCGCGACACCUUCAAUGAUGUCUUCAACAGCUCCUGCCGUCCCUGCCCGGCAAGCAGCACCGCCGGCAAAGGCGCUGCCUCCAUCGAUGGCUGCCGGUGUGACCUCGGCAGGAUGAUUGACGGAGCCUGCCAAUGUGAGGCCGGAAAAGCCUUAUCCCAGCUCCUGGAAGCAAAGCAUGUGGUGGGCUACGCGCGGCUGGUCCGUCAGGCUUCCGUGGUUUUCAGGUGCUGGGAUCCGGCUGCGGAGCGGUGCAAUUCUUCAGGGAGCUCCGACAUAGGCUGCACGACCGGUGGCUACGAGGGGCCUCUGUGCGUCGCCUGCGCGGAGGGUUACCGCAGCCGCUCCCGCCGGUGCAUCAAGUGUGAUGUGGCUUCCGACGACACCCGAGGGACAAUGGCCGGCGUCGCCACAACGGCUGCAGUUGUAGCGGUGGUGGCAGGUGUUAUGUACUUCUGGAGGAGCCGUGCGGGGGAUUCAGGGCCGGCGGACGCAGCGCCCGUGCCGCAGGGCGGCUCUGUGCUGCUCCAGCUGUUCCAGCUGUGGGGCGUGCUUCUUGGGACCAAGGAGGUGGUGGAGGCUCUGGAAGUAAUGGAGGAAUAUGUGCAGUGGCUGCAGAUGACAGCAAAGAGCUUCCGCGAUGCUAUGAGCUUGGAGUGUGCGUACGGCAGGAGCGCCCAGUCCCUCAGCGCCUUGGCGUCGCCCUGCAUCCCGCUGCUGCUGCUGGCACUGUGCAUGCCUUUGGAGGCGGUGCGGCGUGGAGCCGGCACGGAGCCCGGUGUCAGCUCGGCCCUGAAGUUGCUGACGGCGCUUUUCAUCGGGGGUGGCGAGCCCUUGCUGAAGCAUGCCUUCCGCGUGGCCUUGCCACUUGUGAAGUGCGACGCAUGGGGCGGAGAGGCAGCCUGGGCGCCUUGGGCUCUGUAA